CCUGUCCUUUCUUUCUCCCUUCUUUCCUUCCUGUAGCGGCCAUGGAAGCUCUCUCUUUCCUCAGACUCUUGUGGAGACCCGUCACCGCCACCGUCGCAACGCCGGACGAGACGCGUUACUCCACUGCGCAAACGGACUACGGGUCCGACGAGGAAGACGACUCCUUUUUCGAGCUGGAGCUCGCGCGCUACGUCACCACCGACAGCGACUCCGAAGGUGGAGCUGACUCCAGCGCUGCCGCUUUCCUUCAGUCCAACGAGAUGAGACAAACGAGCUCGGUCGAAGCCAAGAGCCGCGAUGCUUCGUGUUAUUUCGAAGCUGAUAAACCGGCCGUCCCUCUGUCUCUGUCUCCCACCACUCCCUUCUCCAAGCGGAAGAUCCUUCCCAUGGAACCCACUUCGCAGCCUCAGUCUCCGAUCUCUCUUUUCAAGUCGUCUCCCAAACUUCGGGUCUUGAUGUUCAGGAGGUCCAGGUCCAGGUCCAGGUCCGUGGCCACCCCUGACGUCAAAGCAGAGAAAACAGGGGAAACAGAGCUCAAAAACAGCGCCAGCGGCAACGUCUUCUUUGCUGUCAAAUCCAGAGAAGUACAACCAGCUCCUCCGGCGACCAAUGACGCUUCGAAGGAGCAAAUCAAGAAUAAGCAAACCCCGAAUCCUGCGCGUGGUAAACUCUCGGAGAGCUUCUUCUCCGACGGUUCUAGUUCGAGGCGGCUUUCGAAGGACGGGUUGCAGAAGUACUUGAAUCUGGUGAAGCCCCUGUCCGUGGGCGUCUCCAAGAGGUACAGCGACACGGUGAAGUUCCCCUCGGUCGAGUCGCCGCUGACAUCGCCGGCGUCGUCUCCGGUGACGGCGGCGGGCUCUACGCCGAGGAUGGGGAAGGGGUUUCGAGCGAGGCCGAAGCACCUGCUGGGAAAGAGCAAGUCGGCUACUCUGGCAACGACGAGCGUGACGUCGUCGCCGGCGAGGAGGGAUGACUCGCUGGCUCAGCAACACCACGAUGGGAUUCAGGGCGCCAUUUUGCAUUGCAAAAAAUCAUACUAUUCCUCGCGAGAUGGGUCCGUGCUAUGGCGGUCAGCAAGCGAUCCUUCUUCUCAUGGAAAGUCGACAGAGAUUCAGUCUGAGCUUCAACUACGAAGCUAGCUUGGUGUUAACUAUACCCCAAAAGACAAUACAAGAAGCACGGCAGAAGAUUAAGUAGGACGAUGUUCCGCUCUGUUCCUGAGAAUUCGUUUUCCAUUAGGAAAAACAGAGUUACAGCGUGUAGGGACUCUGUGCUGUAGUUUCUCAGCUUUUGUAAAUGUUCUUGAAAAUUCGAUCAGUGUUGUAACUUUGAUCUUAUCACAGUCACACUGGCUGGUAAAUGAGCAAUGCUAAUAGUAGUGGUUGAUCUUCCUGGUAA